AUGCAUGUCCAGAUCUCUUUUGACUUUGAACUUCUUCAUUUGGUGAUCACAGCCUCAUUUGUAUCUGGUUUUGACACUGUAAUUAUAGAUUGGAUGCGGAUUGGUGCCUUUCUACUUGACUCUCGAAGCUCACUCCUGACUGAGAGUUUGAGUGGUCAUCUCAAAGUCCCAAGGGAUGGAACCAUAGAACGAAUGUUACAAUCCAGUGGUUCAUGUGUCAUCGACGACAUCAAAGGUGGUAUCUGGAUUGCAGAUUUACAGCUUGUGCGUUGCCCUGUUUGUGACCUCAGUACCUGUGAUGGAACAAUGCAAACACUUGAUGCUAGGCACAUGGAACUGUUCCUCAGCGAAGGCUACAAAGAUAGAAGCUGGGAUUACAAUCUUAUUGGGUCUCAUAAGUUACAGAAAGACGCAGGUGCAGCUUGUGGAGCCAUAUUUGAUCUCAAACACCUUAAAGAGUCGUCAUCCUCAGGUAUUCUCAACCUCAAGUCUUGGACCGGAGAGCCAAAUGAUUCCCAACCUAAAGCAGUUAUCGCACCCCACGCUGUCGCUGUUCACACAAGACUGCAAGAAAACGAAGGAAUCCUUGUGAAAUACCACACGAUGAAAGCAGGAACAGACGGUGACAUUGUUUCCAUCAGAAUCUCCCAGCAGCUUCUCUGAUUCCUUCACAGUGCUUUGUCUUCAAAGUCACACACAAAGCUUUAAGUAUAUCUGGUAUUCAUCAAAUCCUUUUUCUCUUCAGUAAAAUAAAGAUUAAAACAUUAAUUAGCUCAUUAUAAGUUUACAACUUUAUAAUUUGUUGUACGAUAAGUAUGACAGGUUACUGAACUUCUUCUAUACGAAA